UUAUAUUUGAAUAAGCAUAAUAAUUAACUCAAUAGAAGAGAAAUUAUAAAUUCAGUGGAUAUGUCUAAUUUUAAACAUUUGUUGCUGAUUCUGCUAUUUGCUGGGUAUCGUAUAUGUCUGAAUGAUGCACAAUCAUGCAGUAAUUGCCAAACAACAAUACUUGGAAAAGAGAGCAUGAAUAUCACAUAUGGACCAAGUUAUGAUUACAACUGCCAAUGUGAUUGGACAAUACCAAAAAGAAUGGACACAGAUCAUGAAACUGCAUUUGUUCUGUUAUUACAAAAUGUUUCACUGCCAAUGACAACUGGUGCUGGAAGUACAGACUGCUCUGGAGCAAUCAGAUUUCCAAGUGCUAUUCGACACAGAUGUGAUUUUGAGAGCAACUACUGUCUUGUAUUUGCAACUGCAUCAACCAUUUGCAAUAUCAACAAAAUCAGAGAGAAAACUCCAGUUGCAAACCACACCUGUGAUUCAAUCACUCCAUGGAAUGAAGUUGAAGGGAACCCAUAUAAGAUACUAUACUAUGCAGGAAAUUCAGCUGGUUACACAAAAUACUUCACAAUACAAUAUCUUGUGAUAGAUUGUAGACCAACAACUACAACCCCAGACCCAACAACAACACUAAUUGAAACAACAAGUUUAGAACUACAAUCAUCCACUCAAACAGGUCUAGAAAAAAGAAGCACAGCUAGAGGAGAUCAAACUGGUGAAUCCACCAAUGGAAUUACUCCAAAAGGACAAGGUCAAGGGUCAAAUGCUACUUCAUCAACAACUAAAGCAGAAUCCAAUUCAACAACAAUCAUAAUUAUUGUUGCCUGUAUAGUAGCAUUGCUUGUGAUUGGCAUUGCUAUAUUACUGACAUUAAGAUACUGCAAGUCCAAGAAACCAAGCCCAGAAGAACCUGUUAAGCUUACAGAAGUGAAAGAAAGCAACCCUGACAACGAAAAAGAAAUGGUUGACAACAUUCUCUACGGCACAGCGGACGAUUACAGAGUUCCAGAGAAAAAAGAAGUCAAUGGCAAUGAUGACACAGAUGUGGCAGCUUUAUACUCGGUUGUGCAAAAAAAUGAUGCUCAACAAGCUAAAAAUACAACUAGUGGAGGAAAUAACGAAACUAUGACUGUUCAAGAAGACCCUUCAUGCGUUUAUGCUGUAGUGCAAAAAUAAAAGAUUGCUAUUUGGUUGUAUUAACAUGGAGUUGUGGCUAUGUAAGACUAAUUCCCUACUUCCCUCAACCUUUGCGUUGGUGAAUCCGUAUGCAUAUAAUGCAAGGAUGCUGUAGAAGAAAUAAACUUGACUAUACUUCAAGAGUCUUGCUUCACACUAACACGAAUGUAUUUUUUAACAUUUGGUCUGACAAGGUCAGACCUUUUUCAGACAAGCAUAUUUCAACUGUAGUUGUUAGUGUGUACUAGAUUUAAAAUCCCGUAAUAUUUCGAAACUAUGGGUUAUACAUUUCAAAAAAGUUCUACAUCGUUAACCAUAUUACGUCAUUCAAUGCCUAAAAAUCUAUAUUAUGUAUGGGUAUUUCAUUCAGAUUCUGAUUAAUUUUAAAGGCAUUCAUAAUUGAUUUAUGAAAAAACAAUAUACUUAUUUCGGUAUGAACAAACCUUGGCACAAGCGGCCACUGGUAAUGAGUUACUACCAUUACCAUUACAGAUCAGAAUAAACUAAUAAACUUCUAAACUUGUGUUUUAGAAUCAACACAAAACUUUAUGUCUUCACAGUGUGAUAAAAAUUCAUCCCAGCAUAAAUAAACGAAACUAUUAACAAAAACUACAUAUUGCACAGUUUUGCAAAUAUCAAAUAUCGCUUAGUUGGCAUUAGAUUUGCACAGAAAUUUUAACCUGUAAUGCAAUCAUAGUUAAGUCGAACGCUAUAACCAAUAGUCCACCACGCCCAUCAUUGAGUUAUCCAAAAAAUACCAUAAUUGCUAGUGAUAAAAUAUUUUAAAGUUACAUGAUUCAGAAUUAACAUUAUUUCUCUAUUUUGUAUUUACAACCUUUAUUAUUUGUAUUGUGAAGAUUAAAAACAUCCAAGCAUAAAUGAACGAAAACCAAAUUGCAAAACAAACGAAGACCAAAUUGCAAAAUAUUGCACCCUUCAGUACACCCCGUAAAAAGGUACGGCUCAGUUGAUUGCAGAGCUUGAAAAAAGGAAUGCGAAAAAAAACUGAUACAAAUACGAGAUAUUGCACGGUUUAGCGUGUAAAAAAUAUCGAUCAGUUAAUUAUUUUACUUUAACUUUUAUAUUUUCAUGACAAUAUGUAUUAUGAUAUAUUAUGUUCCUCAUUUAUUUAUUUUCAAGAUGUUUAUGUUACUGUUUGUGCCAUUCAAUCAUGUAUUUAUUCAAUAUUUGUUAUUCAUGCUCAACAAUAUUUUGGCCAUUCAUUAUUCACAAGCCCCUAUAUCUUCUAACGAAUAUUCAUUUACUGAAAAAAAAAAACAGAAUUAUUUGCCUUCAAUACAGAAGUUAGAUCAACUGAUAUGAUUCUAUUGUUUCUGAAAUAUUUCAAACAAGUUUCCAGUCAGCCAUUUCUCACAGAAGUUUGCACUUUUAAUUUGCUAAAAUUGACUAUUUAUAUUACAAAUUAACUUGGUAGAAGAGAUAAAAAUAAAGCUAAAAGUGUCAUUAUAACCCACUGUAUUGUAAUAUAUAUUUACUCUUUCAGGAUUUUUGUAUGCUGUCUUAAAUUUAAAUUCUUCAGCCUUCAAAUACUUAUUCACAAACUUUUUUAUUUUCAGCUUUAUGUUAUUGUUUGCAUAAUAUAGUCAUAAUUUAUUUGAAUAUUUGUUAUUUAUAUUCAUUUCAAUUUCUGUAGACGUUACAAUACUUAUAUAAUAAGCCUUUAUAUCUUCAAACAAAUAUGCAUUUACUGACAAAAGGAUAUUCGAUUUUGCUUUUAUUAUUUGUGAUAUAGAAUUUGAAUCCUUAUUGCUAAUUCUUUUAUUCUUUGAAGCAUUGAAUAUUCUUCAACAUUGUUUAUUCUUUGUUAUGGAAAUUUAUUCCAAUUAAGUUUGAAACAAGCAUCCAAGUCAGCUAUUUUUCAAGGAUGUUUGCAUUUUAAUUUGCUGAAAAUCGACUAUUUACAUUUCAAACUAACUUCACUUAAAUUAUUUAAUCAAAGUAAUAAAAAUCUUACAAAGUUUCAUUUUCACCAUCGUAUCAUUGAAUAUACCAAAUUUUUCAUAAUUUUUUGUAUGUAUACUUCGGAAAUAGGGUUUAAUAACAAAACUUUAGAUAUCCAAAUUGGAGAAAUGUAAAUGAAAUGAUUGUUCCAUUUUCAUAACCUUAUAACCUUAGAAAUAUAAGUGUAUAUAGCCUCUCUAUUGCCAUCUGGUGACAAAAUCGAUUUCAUAAUAUUAGAAUACUGAGCAAUGGUGAUAAAGCAUUUCUGAUGACUAAAUUAAUUUGAC